AUGGCAGUGGUACUGGUCUGGAUUCCUCUCCUUGUGGGUCUCCUGGCAGGGCUGGCGGGCACCGAGGCCCAGCAGGUCACCCUCCACCCACUUGUGGGCCGAGUGUUUGUGCACACCUUGGACCACGCCACCUUCCUGCGCCUCCCUGAGCAUGUCGCUGUCCCACCCUCCGUGCGCAUCACCUACCAUGCCCACCUCCAGGGACACCCAGACCUGCCCCGGUGGCUCCGCUACACCCAGCGCAACCCCCACCAGCCCGGCUUCCUCUACGGCACCGCCACCCCAGCAGAUCGUGGCCGCCAGGUCAUCGAGGUUGUAGCCUACAAUCGGGACAGCUUUGACACCACCCAGCAGAGACUGGUGCUGCUGAUUGAGGACCCAGAAGGCCCUCUGCUACCCUACCAGGCUGAGUUCCUGGUGCAGAGCCACGACGUGGAGGAAGUGCUGCCCUCGCUGCCCGCCAGCCGCUUCCUCUCUGCCUUGGGAGGGCUCUGGGAGGCAGGGGAGCUCCAGCUUAUCAACAUCACUUCAGCCUUGGACCGUGGGGGCCGAGUCCCCCUUCCCAUUGAGGGUCGCAAAGAAGGGGUGUACAUCAAAGUGGGCUCUGCUUCGCCCUUCUCCACCUGCCUGAAGAUGGUGGUGUUCCCUGACAGCCGCGCCCGCUGUGCCCAGGGCCAGCCUCCACUCCUGUCCUGCUAUGACACCUUGUCACCCCACUUUCGUGUUGCCUGGUGUAAUGUGUCCCUGGUGGACACGUCAGUACCGGUGCCUGCAGACGAGAUGCCCACCUUAGGGGACGGGAUCCUGGAGCACGACCCCUUCUUCUGCCCUCCCACCGAGACCACAGCCCGGGACUUCCUGACUGAUGCCCUGGUCACCCUCCUGGUGCCGCUGCUGGUGGCCCUGCUGCUCACUCUGCUGCUGGCCUAUGUCAUGUGCUGCCGGCGGGAGGGACGGCUGAAGAGAGACCUGGCCACCUCUGACAUCCAGAUGGUUCACCACGGCACCAUCCGCGGGAACACGGAGGAGCUGCGGCAGAUGGCAGGGAGCCGCGAGGUGCCACGGCCCCUCUCCACCCUGCCCAUGUUCAACGUGCGCACAGGCGAGCGGCUGCCUCCCCGCGUGGACAGCGCCCAAGUGCCCCUCAUCUUGGACCAGCACUGA